AUGAAGUUCUCUGCCGUCUUUCUUGCCCUGUUGACUGCUGGCAUCGCCAGUGCGCAGUUCGACAACAUCCCCCAAUGCUCGGUGCAAUGUCUCGUCGACGCCCUCACCAAGGAUGGAUGCAGUCAGUUGACUGACUUUGCCUGUCACUGCCAAAAGCCCGGUCUUGUCCAGACGGUCACGCCCUGCGUGCAGAAGGCUUGCACCGGGCCCGAGCAGGCGACUGUCUCCAGCGUUGUCGUCGAACAGUGUGCUAAGGCCGGUCACCCCAUCUCCGUGCCGCCAGCUGGAGGAGCUGGAUCGGGAUCUGCUACUGCUACAGCCACUGCUGCUCCGACCUCCGGUUCGGCCCAGACCACCUCGGGAGUCAUGACCCUUCCUACUGUGUCUUCGUCAGGCCAUGCCGGCUCGUCGUCUCGUCCUGGCUCCUCCUCGCCGGGCUGGGGUUCCUCCAGCCGCGCAUCGUCGGGGGCAGGCUCGCCCACCUCUCACGCGCCGUCAGCCACUACCUCCACGCUUCUCGCCACCGGUGCGGCGUCCCAAAACAGGGAUAACAUGGUCGGCGUGGCUGUCGCCGCUGCCGCCGCCGUAUGUCUGUUCUAG